AUGAAUACUAUUCGAUCUACCUGGGUUGGUUGGGGCGCCCUUUGCGUUGCCGGUGGUGGUGCUUACUACUUUGCCAAACAAUCCAUCAACGCCGACCGGGCCGCCCGAUUUGAAGCUGAAAUAAAGCGCAAGGCUCAGCUCAGGGCUCAGGAAGCUGAGCACCGCCGAGAAGCUAUUUCCGUUCCCACACCGACGCCGACCGAUGAUGCCAGCUUGAAGCGAGUGAACAUGGCCCGGUUUCAGAACGCUGCAGACGAUGUGGCUUCUCCAAGUGCUGAAGCAUCCCACGAUCCAGCUCCAACUCGCCACGAGCCCAUGACGGAGACCGACCGAGUGCAAGAAAAGGGCAAAUAUGAGGCGCCGGCGCCGUUCCGACCUCCCAGUGGAAACAGAUUCAGUUAG